AUGGAUGUUCGUUCCAAGACUGGUGACGUUACUGCUAGUGUCUUGCAUGACCGCGGGAAGCCGCCUGACCCGCUGAACAGUUUUGCUAAUAAACCAACUGACCUAGAUGGAUCUGAUUACUUGAAUGAAACGGUGGAUGAGGAGAUACCUACACCGGGUACAGCACCAAUUCGUGGGAUUGGGUUACGAGUUACUAACAUUGAAGGCAACCCUCUACUUCCGAGAAGAGGUAUGUUUUCUACGUCGAAUGUAUCGGUUUUGGAUGGGUUGAUGAAUAUUUCUAAACCUGUGGAAAACUUGUUUGCUGCUGGAGCAUCUUUGUCGUCGACUAGCAAGGAUGAUAAUGCUGGUCAGUGCCAUGAGAUGCCUUCGUUUGCUAAUGUGGUCCAAGGGAAUAAGGCGGAUGUUAAAGUGAAUUUUCGUUCCUUAGAGACGAGUGAGAAACAGGAUGGGUGUGAUGUGGUCCUUUCUAGGGAAUCGGUCAAAGUUGUGCAUGAUAAGCUUGCUAACACGCUAUAUGGGUAUUUCUUGGGGGACCGGGUUGCUUUUCCCGUGGUGGACUAUUUUGUUAGAAAUAAUUGGAAGCGGUAUGGAUUGCAAAAGUCAAUGAUGAAUGCCAACGGCUUUUUCUUCUUCAAAUUUGCUGAUCAAGCAGGUAUGCAAAAGGUUCUUACUGAGGGGCCAUGGAUUAUUCGUUCACAGCCGUUAUUUUUAGAAGUGUGGUCGCCAUCGUUAAAGCUUGAGAAAAAAGAAGUGAAAACGGUUCAGGUUUGGGUAAAAUUCCAUGAGGUUCCUCUAGCGGCAUAUACGGAGGAUGGUUUAAGUCUAAUUGCUACAACCAUUGGUGUGCCAAAGGCUUUGGAUUCGUUCACCACGUCUAUGUGCGUUGAUGGUUGGGGGAGAAGCAGCUAUGCUCGGGCCCUGGUAGAAAUUUCAGCGGAUUCUGAACUGAAAGAAGAGUUAACGAUUGCGGUUCCUUGUCUUGAUGGGGAUGGGUUUGUAAAGGAGAAGGUCUACGUUGAAUAUGAGUGGUGUCCUCAUAGGUGUGGCCGAUGCUGUGUUUUCGGGCACACCCAUGAAAAUUGUCCUCUGCAGGCUCCUAGAGUGUCAAAAGAUAAAAAACAACAACAUAAGGGUCCGGGUUAUGUUAGAAAGAUGAAGCAGCCGGUUCAGGAUCCUGGUCCGUCAAAGAGACAAUCUACUUUGGAUGACGAUGGGUAUACUACUGUGCUAGGGAAGAAGGCAGCGAAAAGAGUGGGUUUUAAUGUCAAUAAGCCGAAGCCAAAAUUUGAAUAUCGCCCAGUUUCUACUAAUCGGAAAGAUAACGGGAAGUCUAAAUCGGAAUCAACCAAUGUGGUGUCUCGAAAUCCUUUUGAUGUUUUGAAUGAAGUGAAUGAGGAGCAAGGCCAAAGUAGUAAAUCGGCUGGAGAUGGUAAUGAUCCGAGUGCUAAUGAGGAGCCGGAUGGGGGUAGGCAAGAUCCGGCCAAAGUAAAUCUGGAUGACGAUGAGCUUGUUGAUGAUUUUUACGAAACGGAUGGCUAUGAAAUGGAUGGUUUUUUGAGGCAAGGUACUAUUAACACAAAAAAAGGGGCAAGCACUCCUUCUUCAUCGGUCCUCAAUGAAUCUCAUGUGGAGGUGAGUAAUCUGCCUAAAGUGUGUAAGGCUGUUUUUCGGUGGUGGAACUGGACGUCGAAUGGGGGCCAUUGUGUGAAGGGUACGCGUAUUAUUGUUGGUUGGAAUCCGGCUAUGCUUGAUGUUAUGGUGCUUUCGGAGACUGAUCAGGUUAUGCAUCUCCAAAUAAUUCUAAAACAGUCUAAGAAAAUGUUUUUUUGUUCGGUAAUUUAUGCAGCAAACUACUACAUUAGUCGGAGGGAUUUGUGGAAACAACUUUCUUUGCAUAAGAAUUUUGUUUGUAAUGAACCUUGGGUCAUUCUAGGUGAUUUUAAUUCGGCGUUGAAUCUUGAGGAUAAAUCUAUGGGUUGUUCCUUGGUGUCCCUGAGCAUGAAAGAGUUUCAAGAGUGUGUGGAUGAAAUUGAGAUGGUUGAUAUAAAACGCACUGGUAUCCAUUUCACGUGGAAUCAGAAACCAAAGAAAGGGAUUGGGCUAAUGAAAAAGAUAGACAGAGUUAUGGGAAAUUCCCAUUUUAUAGAUAAGUUUCCGAGUGCUUUUGCUGAUUUUCAUCCUUCUCGGUUAUCGGAUCAUUGCUCGUGUGUGGUUAGCGUCCCGGAGAUGGAAAAUAGAAAACACCGGCCUUUUAAAUUUGCUAAUUUUCUGGCAUAUAAACCUGAUUUUUUGCCGAUUGUGGAGAAGGGGUGGGGUAUGUCCAUUGAUGGAGUGUAUCAAUUUUCGGUUGUUAAAAAACUUCGUCUGUUGAAAUCUCCGUUACGUGCGUUGCUUUAUCACCAAGGUAACUUGCAUAAAAAAGUUGAAGAGCUUAGAGUUAAGCUUGACCGUAUUCAGCGUGAUAUGGAUAACGAUCCGUCUAGUCUUAUGCUGCGUGAGGAGGAAGCUAUUACUAGAAGCGAGUUUCAAACCGCGUUGUUAGACGAAGAGAGGUUUUUGAAGCAAAAAUCUAAAGUGGACUGGUUAGCGGCUGGGGAUAUGAAUACGGCCUUUUUCCACUCGACACUCAAGAACAGAGUUCACUAUAGCCGUAUUGAGGUGAUUCGUGAUGUUCGAGGGAAUGUUUAUACGGAUGAGAUGGUUUCGGGAGCUUUUGUUGAUCACUAUGAGCACUUUUUGGGCUGCCCGGGUAAUCCGACUAUUAGUCCGACUCCUGAUUUGUUUUCUAAAAAGUUAGAGAGGGAUGUUGCUCGCCAUAUGGUCCGUCCGGUUACUCCUGAUGAGGUUAAAAGGGCAAUGUUCUCCAUGGGUUCGGAUAAAGCUCCUGGUCCUGACGGGUUUACAGCGGGUUUUUUUAAGAAUGCAUGGCCUAUUGUUGGUGAUGAGGUAUCAAAAGCUGUUAUAGAUUUCUUUGCUACAGGGAAACUUUUAAGGGAAUUAAACCACACGCUUAUUGUUCUUAUUCCCAAGACAUCCUCGCCAUCUGUGGUAACGGACUACCGUCCGAUUGCUUGCUGUAAUGUGCUUUACAAGUGUAUUAGCAAGAUUGUUGCUGACAGGAUCAAAGGAGUGCUUAAUGACAUUGUGAGUGUCAACCAGUCGGCUUUCGUUCCAGGUAGAAAAAUUUCCGAUAAUAUUCUGUUAACUCAAGAGUUGAUGCAUAAUUAUCAUAGAAACAUCGGCCCCCCUAAAUGUGCGUUUAAAGUGGACAUCCAGAAAGCUUACGAUACUGUUGACUGGGCGUUUCUAAAGAACAUUUUGGUGGGUUUUGGGUUUCAUAGCAGCAUGGUUCAUUGGAUCAUGGUUUGUGUUUCCACGACCACGUUUUCGGUUUGUAUUAAUGGUGAUAUUCAUGGUUUUUUCAAGGGUAAGAGGGGGUUGCGUCAGGGAGAUCCUAUCUCUCCGUAUCUUUUUACCCUUGUGAUGGAGAUCCUAACGGCUAUUCUUCAGCAGACGGUAAGGAUAGACUCUUCGUUUAAGUUCCAUAACAGGUGUGAACGUCAGCAGAUUAUAAACCUGUGUUUUGCGGAUGACUUAUUUAUUUUCGCUAGGGGCGAGAUAGCGUCGGCUAGAUGUAUAAUGAAAGCGCUCAAUUCUUUUUCUAAGAUGUCGGGUUUGGCGCCUAAUGUCCAGAAAAGUACAGUUUUUUUCUCUAAUGUUCCAUCGUUUGUUAAAACUGCUAUUCUGAAUAUAAUGCCAUUUAUUGAGGGGUCGUUGCUAGUGAGAUACUUGGGAGUUCCUCUUAUAUCGUCUAAGUUAUUGUACAAAGAUUGCCAAGUGUUGGUGGAGAAGCUUGAAAAACGUAUUAUGCAUUGGAGGAACAAAUUACUUUCAUUCACAGGUAGACUGCAACUUAUUACUUCGGUAUUGUCUUCUCUGCAUGUUUACUGGUCUUCAGUGUUUAUCCUGCCUGCUCGAGUUGUUUCUAGCCUGGAAGCUUUGAUGCGUAAUUUUCUUUGGUCUCAUGAUAGUUCGUUCCAGAGGGGCAGGGCAAAGGUUUCUUGGAAUACUGUUUGUGUUCCUAAAUAUGAGGGUGGGUUGGGGAUUCGUCGUAUUGGUGAUGUUAAUAAGGCCCUUAUCUCUGCGCACAUAUGGAGCAUUUUAUCUAAACGUGAAUCGUUAUGGGUUGAUUGGGUUCAUUCGUACAGGUUACGAGGUAAAAGUUUCUGGGCUUGUAAUACCCCUUCUUCUUGUUGCUGGUCGUGGAGGAAGAUUAUUCAGCUUCGGCCGGAAAUGAGGAGUUUUGUUUGGGCCGAGAUCGGGAAUGGUUUAUCGGCUUCAGCUUGGUUCGACUCAUGGAGCAAUAUAGGUCCGUUGUUUCAAUUUUUUACUCCGAGACAAAUUGCAAAUGCGGGUUUCAGUUUGGAUGCCAAGGUGGCUGAUUUAUGGUUAAAUUCUUCGUGGGGUUGGCCGAUUGAAUGGAGACAUCGUCUCCCGGCUCUUAAUCAGAUUGAUACUCGAUCUAUUCAGCCGGCUAAGGAAGACAAGUUUUUGUGGCGCCAAGGGGAUCACCUUCAUGAGUUUUCAACGGCUCGGGCCUGGGAUUCCUUUAGACAUCGAGAGGUGGAGGUAGAGUGGUGCCGUAUUGUUUGGUUCAGUCAAUGCAUCCCUCGCCAUGCGUUCUUAAUGUGGCUUAUUAUGAGACGUAAGUUACUCACUCAAGAUAAGAUUUUAAGCUGGGAUAUCUCGCGGAGAAAAAACAUGAACAUGAUGUGCUGUUUGCUUUGUUACGCAAAUCAUGAUUCACAUAACCACCUGUUCUUCGAGUGUAAAUUCUCGGAUCAGGUUUGGCACAAAGUCAGACAUAAAGCGGGUAUGGAGUCGGUUGCUUCUAAGUGGGAUGGCAUUGUUAAUUGGCUUGUAACUCGGUCCAGGUCGAAAUCAGCUGGAAGCUAUGUUGCGAAAUUAUUGGUAGCCGCCACUGCGUAUCUCAUUUGGCAGGAACGUAAUGCGAGAUUAUUCAAGAAUGAGUUGAGACCACCAGAAGCUAUUAUUGAUCUUAUUUUCCAACAGGUCAGAUAUAAAUUGAUGGGAGCGAAGCUAAAGAAUUGUGAAAAUGUUCGAAGGCUUCUUGGCGAAUGGGGAAUCAUUGGAGCUAAACUUCAUGAAGAUGGUGGCUGA